AUGUCCGUAUUCAAAAUAGCAGACAUUCUAUCAGACAUAUUCAUCAAUCUUGAGACGCCGGAUUUAUUUUCAUGUGCCUUAGUCAGUAGAUUAUGGUGCCCAAUCGCAAUUAGAUUACUUUGGCGUGACCCAUUUAGCGGUCAAAUUCGUAAACAUCAACAAUGCCUUAAAAUUUUUUCGUUAUUUCUCGAUGAAAUUCAACGUUCCGCUAUUGGAAUAUCUGAUCUUUACCUUUAUUCACAGUUUAACAAACAAAUUUUCGAUUAUCCUUCUUUCGUUACUACCAUAAAUUAUGGAAAUUUGAUAGCAGCAAUCGAGCCGGUCUUCUUUCUUCCUUUACGUAGAGAAUUCGAUUUGAGCGUCGCUAAAACAAUAUUAGAAGCAUUCCUUGACUUAUUUGUUGUGAAGGGUGGCGUUGGAAGAAUGCGUGGCAUAAUACUGAACUCAACGACAAGACGAUUUCGAACUAGAGAGUAUUCGUUCUUUGCACAGCCAAAGUAUGAAUCUCUCUUGAAACCACUCACGAGACUUGAACUUGCUAUCCGGCUCCCAAAGAAUGAAAUCUUGACGAUUUUGACAAAAUAUUGUACUCGAAUUCAACAUUUUGAGAUAUGGAUGUUUGAUAACUCGCCGAACCGCAUUAUAGAAUCGGCUGAAAAGUUAGCCAAUUUUAUUAAAUUGCAACAAAAUCUGAUUAGUUUAAAAGUAGUAAACUUAGAUAACGGCGCUUCAUAUGUCAUGCAUGCAUUAUCCUACCAAGAAAAUUCACUCCAAACUUUAGAACUUGUUAAUGUUAAUUUCACUGAAUGCCCACCUUGGCAUGAAUUGGCUGCUUGUCAUAAUCUCCAACAACUUAAGCUAGAAAAUAUCAAAAAAAUUACUAGGGUUAUGGUUCAACCGUUACUAGAGGCUGAGUUCCCACGACUAAAAGUGGUAAAUUAUGGUUUCUUAUGGCCACAAAGUCAAGAUGCAACUUUGAAGGAAUGGGUAUUAUCAAGAAAUGAGAAGAUAUAUCAAGAUACCUUUGGAAUUUCGAAUUAA